CAACAAACCCACAGCUCCUCGCAGCCCCGGUGCAGCCCAUUCCACCCAGACCAACGGUGCUGCAGCAGGUGGAAGCACGGCCGGUCUUCACACUCUCACCGACAUGGAGUACCGACAACUUAUCAACCUUCUGGGCUCAGUCAAAAUGGCGUCUUCCCAACCUUCAGACACACAGCCGCUCGAAGGUAAUAUCACGGCUUUUUCUCGAUCAUGGAUUCUUGAUUCGGGAGCUUCGGAGCACAUGACUGGGCACUUGGAACUCCUAACAAAUUGCACGCCCAUCCGAGGACCAUGUCCCAUCACGACAGCAAAUGGAACAAAUUCUCAUGCAACCUUUCGUGGAACCGUUUCAUUUAGCCCAAUUUUUAAAUUACAUAACGUUUUAUACAUACCCGGCUUCACUUGCAACUUGAUCUCUAUUGGAAAGAUUGUGAUGGAUUUAAACUGUUACGUGACUUUUCGUUCGUCUCAAUGUUUUUUUCAGGACCUCACCUCGAAGACGUUGAUUGGAGCGGGUAAGCUACAAGGGAGGGUCUAUCGCAUCGAGCCGAGUGACGUGUUUGCCGCAGCCACUGUGACCAACUCUCCAGGUUCGAUUCGAGUAACACCCGAGAUGUGGCACCGGCGUUUAGGUCAUCCCUCCCACAAGAUUUUACAUUUAGUUUCCUCUACUCUUGUUAAUAAGGAUCAUGAGAAUCCAUGCGAUGCUU